AUGGAGAUGGACCUUCAAAAAACGAAGGAGGCCCGGCGGAAUACGCCGGGCAAGCAAGAAGAGAAUUCUGAAUGCCCCCUGGAAGCAUAUGGAGGUGGCCAUGCGAAGGACUCUCCUAAAAACGACUCCUUGGACCACCGGGAUGCCAGUAGCCAUUCGGACUCGACCGACAUGCGCCAGCGACGCCAACCUGGUCAAUUCGCCUACCAUGACGGGGUCGCCCCGACUCUCUCGCCUUCCCUGCAGGCAGCAGCCCGAGCUCUGGCGCCCUCGCCGCAAGCCAUGAACAUCCCCACGGCCCUGGGUCUCAGCGCAAACCAGCACCGACUGUUACUGACCGCCAAACGGUAUCCGCCAGUGACCAAGAGCACGUUGAGUGAACUGGACCUGCCCUGCAUCAUGAGCAACAUCAACCUCCGAAUGGACGCCAACUUUGACCGAGAUCUGCACUUCAAACCCGACUUGGAUGGGGAAAAGGGUCGCCGCAAACGAAAAGAGGCCGCGGAUUACUGGGAGGCCAUGGCCGUCGAGAUUGCCAUCUACGCAUUUGGCGCCGUGCAUGACACCGACGAUCAUGGCUCGCCGAAUCGCCCGCCCCAAACCUUUGAACCCCGACUCCCGGCCAUGUUCGAAACCUUGCAAGACGUUCUGAAAACCCUCGUGCCCGAGCGCGAUCAUCCGGGAGUGGUGCAAAACCUGGAAGUGACGCUCCUGAUGCAGCAAAUACAGAAGGGAGUGCUGGACAUGGUCGGAGUGGCGCGCUGGCUGGCGGCACUGCUCAAGACGCAUUGCGCGCCCAUGCGCGAUGAAUGGGCGGAUCGCAUGGUCGAGCAGAUCCGGUCGGGGUCGGAGACACAAAACUCGCUCGAGAUUGUCGGCGGACUCCAAACGCUGUUUUCAAUUCUGGAGGCGAUGAAACUGGAUGUUGCCAAUCACCAGAUCCGCGCAUUCCGGGUGCUGCUCAUCGAAGACACGGUUCCGUUUCUGCAGGAGUAUUUCCGAAGCAAAAUUGAGAGGGACAACUUCCGCGUCGAGGCGUCGCGACUGUGGUAUCUGGAUCUCCGCGACCGGGAAUUGCGCCAGAUGGCGAAGCCAGUGCCGGUGGACGGGUUCUGGCCGAUCUCUUUGUUGUUUGGCGGGAUCUCCGACUUUCUCCUGCAGUUCCACCCUCCGGAAGGGUUCCCCGAAACGUUCGUCUUUGAUUCGGACCGGCUGUGGCAGCUGCGGUCGUGUCUUCAAAACCUGAUCAGCCUCGACAUCUGCUGGUUCAUCUUUGAAUCGUACGUCAACGCGCAAAAACGAUAUCUCUCGGCGCCGGCGCAAACGUACGCGACGUUCCGCACGCGGAUUGGAUCCUUGAUGGAAGAGAACGAAGAGUGUCCCCGCGGGUCGCCGCUGUGGCUGAAGAACGUGCGCUGCAUUGCGCUGGAGAUUGCGCGCUUUGCGUGCGCGGCGUGCUUCCAGGACGGAUCGGUGUCGGACGAUGUCAUUGCGCCGAUUGAAACGGCACUGGAGUGGCACCUUUCCAACGAGUCCUACCUCUUCCAGUACUUCCAGGGUUCCCUGCGCGAGAGGCUACUGGGAGCGACGUUUGCGACGGCGAAAAAGUACCUGAACAUGUCCCCCUUGGCGAUCUGCGAGUCGCAGCGCAACCAGCCACCGGCAUCCAUGGGACAGCAGCACUAUGACGUCGAGCGGAUCUCGAUGCGACUGGCGCACAUGGGCGUGCUACACUGGAAGGUGUGGGCGCCGAUUCUCUACGUGCGCGAGAGCGUGACACCGACUGACGGGGCGCGGACUGACGGGGCCCGGUCGUCGACUUUUUGA